AUGUUUCGGGAUGCCUAUAUUCAUGUUAAGGAGUGUGAGAAAUGUCAAUUGUUUUCUGGAAAGCCACAUUUGGCAGCCUUGCCUCUAAGGCUUGUAGUGAUAGAUGAACCUUUCAAGCAAUGGGGCAUUGAUUUCAUAGGCCCAAUAAACCCUCAUUCUAGUGCGGGUCACGUGUAUAUUUUGACAGCAACUGACUACUUUACCAAGUGGGUAGAAGCCAUUCCCACCAAAAAGGCGAACUCAGAGAUUAUUUCCCUCUCGCAUUCUUCUGAUUAUUUCCCACAGGGCAAUGGAUUGGCGGAAUCUAGCAACAAUAAUUUGAUAACCAUCAUGAAGAAGUUAGUUGAUGAAAGUGCUCAGAAUUGGCAUAAGAAGAUAUAUGAGGCUUUGUGGGCAAAUCGAACCACACCCAAGAGGUCCAUUGGAAUGGCACCUUUUGAACUUGUGUAUGGCGUAGGAGCGAAACUUUCUUUGCCACUGGAGUUAUCAGCAACCAAGCUGCAGACAGUAGUUGAAGAUUCCUUCUUUCAAAAUGCUUUAGAGAAAAGAAUUAUGUAUCUGACAAAUAUAGAAGAAGAGAGAGAAUUGCUGGUGGAUAGAAUUUCAGAACAUCAGAGCUGA